AUGGAAUUCUCAAACGAAUCUAUAGAAAUAGAAAAGAAUCCUUACGCGUAUCUUGAAAGAGCUGAUUUUACGUCAGAAAAAUAUAAAAUCGAAGUACACGGAUUACCAAAAUAUUAUGGAAUUGGCGAGUUUAAAAAACUCUUAAAUGAAAAGCUAGAUUUGCAAUCGUGUAAAAUAAAGCCACCAAAACGAAGCAGCGGAUGGCUUUAUGUAUCUUUUAGAAACGAAGAAAGUCGUCAGAAAGCAAUAGAAACGUUAAAUGGAAUUUUAUGGAAAAAUUACAAGCUUAGUGCUCAGAUCGCGAAACCUGCACCAGAUCCAUUUAUAAAAAAAAAAUUAGAAGAGAAAAAUGCAAAGAAGCGUUUGAAAAUAGAAGAGGAUGAUCAAAGUAUAUCCAUAGAAGAUAAAGUUAAAUUAACUACUAUUCCUCUUUGGAAUAUGCCUUAUCCGAGUCAAUUGGAACUAAAACAAAAGGAAAUGAAUUCAAUUUUGACAACUAUAUGCAAACAAAUGUUGAAAGAAAGUAAAGGUGAUCUUUUGGAUUGGUUGAAUUGUCAAAAAAAUAAAUAUCAAGGUUUACCUUGUGAAUUGCUUCCUAUUUUAAGUAUAGAUACAAUUAAGGAAUAUAGAAAUAAAUGUGAAUUUACAGUUGGUAAAAGUGACAAAGAAGACAAAAUUGUAAUAGGAUUCAGAUUAUCUACUUAUGCAUCUGGCUCCACAGCAGUGGGACCUAUCGACAAUCUUUGUCAUAUUCCUAGUAAAAUGAAAAUUGUAGUUAAAGUACUUGAAGAAUUCAUGAAAAGCACUGAAUUAACACCUUUUGAUCCAGUUGAUUAUAGUGGCUACUGGAGACAAGUUACAGUUAGAACUACUCUUUCUGAUCAUCUUAUGGUAAUAGUGGGGAUACAUCCUCAAGAUUUGACCUCUCAAAAAUUGGAUGAAUUGAAAUUACAACUCAAAACUUUCUUUGAAAUUGGAAAAGGUGUACAAGCACGAGUAACGUCGUUAUAUCUUCAAAUAAUGAAAAUAAAAAGUAUCGACGGAAAAGAUGAAGAAAAUUUUCAUCAUAUCAGUGGAACAAAAUACAUAGAAGAAAAAUUAUUAGAUAUGAAAUUUCGAAUAUCUCCUCAAGCAUUCUUUCAAAUAAAUACAUUGGGUGCUCAAGUAUUAUACAAAGCAGCGAUUGAUUUGGCAAAACCAAACAUGGACACUGCGUUACUCGAUAUUUGUUGCGGCACUGGGACUAUUGGUCUUGCAUUUUCAAAGUAUUGUGGUGAAGUAUUUGGAUUAGAAAUGAUAGAGGAUGCCAUCAAAGACGCAAAAGAAAAUGUUAUUGCGAACAAGAUAUCGAAUUGCGAAUUCUUCGUGGGCAAAGCAGAAGAUAUUUUAUCUCCCGUUAUUCGAAGGGCGACUAAACCGGACAUUAUCGCUAUUGUGGAUCCUCCACGAGCUGGACUUCAUCAAAGAGCGUUACUAACUAUGCGCAAAGCGAGAAAAUUAUCAAGAUUAAUAUAUAUAUCUUGCGAUCCUCGGGCAGCUAUGAGAAAUUUAAUAGAUUUAGCUAGGCCCAUUUCGAAACAAUACGUCGGAGAACCAAUGGUUCCUGUGAAAGCUGUUGCCGUAGACAUGUUUCCAUAUACCAAACAUUGUGAAUUAGUACUAUGCUUAGAAAGGUUAUCCAUAGCCACGAAAGCACGCGAUUCCACUUAAUUGUAAUUGUAUACGUACAAUUUAGUCUUGUAACGUGUAUUUUUCAAUAAAUUAUUUGAAUAAAAA